UUUACCGGUUUUUAUCGCGUCACAACACAGUGGGCGGAGUGCGCAGGCGCCGGUGGCCAUGUUGUCUCCGCGUGACCAUAACACUUCAGUGUCCCGCGUUGCUGUCACAAAAUACUCCAUAAUACAGACUACGCCAGAACUAACCAUGAUGAGUGACCAUGAAUAAUUCUAGUGGUGAGAGCAGCCCAGGCUGUGAAGGUUGCUGUAAGUGCUGGAGUGAGGAGAUUGUUAGACACUUAGAGCAGCUAGUAGGGAAGCCACACGGUUCCACACAAGCUAGCAGUCAUCAAGGAUACUUAUUCCAUCUGACAGAAGCAGCUGUAAAUAAAUUUUGUCAUUCCAUAAAAAGAGGAUUACAUUAAAAUCUGGAAUGUCACUAAAAGACAGUCCAGAAACACCACCACUUCAAGUUAGAGAGAAGGCAGACACAGCACACAGCCCAGAGAGUGGCAGUGGUGGUGAAAGUGAAACACAAAUGGAUAGCAUAAAGAACACAAAAGUCAUUGCUACUGAAAGUAAUGCAAAAAGAUCUGCCGAGUCAAAGGAAGUAAAAGACACUGCUUCUGGGAGUGAGGACAGCAAAGAAGAAGUUAAGGACACUAACACAUUAGAUAAGGACCCUGCAGGAGUAUUGAUUGAAGGCUUCUGUGGGUUUGAAGAUGCUGAGAGUCCCAUCAUAACCAGAAGCACCAGGGAAGCAAGUAGGAAUGCAACAGCCAUUCUUGCUAAAAAGUCCUCUACCAAACUGGAUAAGAAUGAGAGGAAGAGUGAUUCUCCUCCUGAUUUGGUGCUCUUUUUGAAGGAGGGAAGGGGACGUGCACAGAACUACAGUGAUCCACCCAGGCUUGACCCAGAGAGCAUAGCUACCCGCAGAAGGACAAGAGUACCUGAAGAUCCAUUGGCAAUGAUCUCUAAAGCAAAACCAACAGUUCCAGCAGAGAAAACAAAAAAAGAUCAAAAGGAAAGUAGCAAGAAAGAGAGGAAAGGCAAGGUGAUGGAGACUCCAGAGUCUUUGAAGAGGCUAGCAAGGGAAGGUAGCAAAACAGGACACAUAAGCGGCAAGGAAUCUUCGGAUAGUGGUAGUGAAGAGAAAACACUGAAAAAGACAUACAGUAAAGGUGUUGUAGAGGGAGAUCUUAAGAUGAGGUCUAGGGAAACUUCUGCAGGAUCUGAAGAGGAGCAACCUGGCAGCAUCAGUCGAAGAAGCAACAGGGGAAAGAGGAACUCCAGUGAUGAACAAGAAGAACUUUUCACUGAAAACCUAAGGGCUGACCCACCUGCAAAAGACGUGACUGAUAACACUACAAACUAUUCUAACCUUGGCACCAUCCUUAAUAAGAUGACCAAGAAUAAUGCUGACAGAAGGAUUCCUGUCGUGAUUAUGUCAAAAUCUGAACAAGUACCUAAAAAUGAUGCAGCCAAACCUAGAAGUAAGAAGAAGGCACCAUUGGAUAAAAGCUCAAACACUGCUGUCCUAAAAAUUGCUUCCAUGGCACUCCCAUCCAUUGCAGGAGUGAAGCCUACUGGCACACUUGAUGAAUCCCAUUCCAGUGAAGUGACAAAAUAUGAAAAAGGAACAAAAAUUUAUGCAGCUAAACCUAGAAGUAAGAAGAAAGCACCAUCUGAUCAAAGCCCAAGCACUGCAGUCGUAAAGAUUGCUUCCAUGGAACUGCCAUCUGUCUCAGCAGAGAAGCCUAGUGGCAUACUUGAUGAAUCCCAUUCCAGUGAUGAAGCAAAUUCUAAGCCUUCUUCACUAGAGGACAAGAAGUCUGUGACCAAACUUUGCAAAGAUGCUGGUGUAGAUGCAAAAACUGGUCAUGAUGUCAUUGUUCUGAAAGUUACUAGUGAUGUAAAACCUGAAGAAAAAGAUACUUUAGCUAACACUACAGAGAAGAUUGUCAGCAACAUUCCUAAUGAAAGCAGUAGUAACACAAAUGAAAAGAUUCAAAUGAAGCAUACCAUUGUUGACACCACCUGCAAGGAGCAAGCCAAGACUGAUAAUGUGUCUGGAUCUUCUCAGUCAGCAGUCUUGAGAGCAAUUCAAGCUAAUUCUUCCAUUAGAUUCAAUUCUGUAUCUCUCAAAUCAAACUUAAUCUGCCCCAUCAAGUCAAAUUUGAUAAUUUCAUCUAUUGAUCCAGAUUCAAGUAAUCCACCCAUCAGGCCAAGACCACUGCCCUCACCCAACAAGCCUGAUGCAGUUGUACCACAUGGCAAACCAAAACCAAUUAUGUCAUCCAUUAAGCCAAGCUCUGUCAUAUCACCCUUCAGAUCAGGGCCAGUCUCGCCAUCCAACAAGUCCAGUACAGUUGUUUCAGCUGUCAAGUCAGGCCCAGCCUCAUCACCUUCUAAAUCAGGGAUGUUGACAUCAUCUGUAAAGGCAGGUAGAGUGACUGUACCUCUCAAGUCAAGCACAGUGAUUCCAUCUAAGUCAGGCACAGUGACCUCACCCAUUAAGUCUGGUACAGCCGGUUCAUCCAUCAAAUCCAGUAUCACUUCAUUCAUGAAAUCCAGUACAGUCACUCCAUCCAUUAAAUCAGCUGCAGUGACUUCAUCCAUUAUAUCAGGUAUUUUCACUUCAACACCUAAAUCAGUUUCUUUGCCCAUAAAGUCCAGUAAUGCCACUUCAUCAUCCAAGUCAUUUUCAUCUGUUAAAUCUAGCAUAGUCACUUCAUCUAAGUCAGGCCCUUCAACUACAAAACCUGGCAUUGUCACUUCAUCAUCCAAGUCUGGUAUGUCUGUUAAGUCGGGCAUAUUCACAUCAUCACCCAAGUCGGGUCCUUCAUCUGUUAAAUCAGGCAUUGCUGCAUCACCCACCAAGCCAGUCACUGUCAUGUCUCCCAUCAGUCAGAGUCAGAAGAAUCCUCCUUUUAUGGUAAGCAUGUCUCAGAUAGUCACCUUUGGAGGUGUGAAAGCGUCAACCAAGAUGACAAACUUCACUCCCAACAAAAUGGGUCUCAAAGUGCCAUCUACAAAGGCAACUGCUCAAAAUCUCAAAAGAGAUAUUACCCCAAAGCUGGAGUCUUGCACCAACACAGAUGCAAGUGUGGGAGGAGAUAAGUCUCAGGUUGUACAAGUUUCCAUUCAGUCAAUGCCAAACUCCUCCCAGAAGGCUGCCAUACUGGACUAUACCGACAUUGAGACCCAGGAGGUGGUUCUUGGUGAGAGUGAUGAUUCCAAUGGACAGAUUGGCAGUGUAGGUGAUAUGCCAGAGAGUGAUUUACUGGCCAAUGAAGAAAUGGAGAGUAGCAGUGAGGAGGACACUUUUAAAAUGCCUGAACUUUCCAUUCUCUCAAAAAAGGAAUCUUUGUCUCCUGAAGGCAGGGUUGCCCUGGACCAUUCUUACUCCUCAGGAGGCUCAGCCACAACUCGAAAAAAGUCUCCCAGUACUUAUGAAAAGAGCUUGACUCCACGGCCAGUGUACAGCAAUGCCAGUACAGCCAAGAGGUCUAUGGAUAUAAUGCUCCAUAAUGAUAAGAUAAAUAUUUUGAGACAAAUGAGUCAGAUCUUUAAUGAUGAAAGGCCAGCCCAGCAAAUUUUCAAUGAUGAGAAGACAGUUCAGUCUGAGCCAGAUAUCACUGUGUCAAGUUCUGAUGGGGAAGAAGAUGAAGAACCUAAUGUUUGUGUGAAAAAAAGUAAAGAGAACAGUUCACCCGUUAAGUGUAGCUUUAAGAUUACCAAAAGCAACACUACUGAUUCUGCUAAGAAAGUCACAAAUCUGGGACAGACAUUCAAAGCUAAUAUUGUCAGUGAACAUGACUCUCUCUUCUCUGAGCACUCUCCCAGUAAAUCAUCAGCCACAGAGGCAGAGAUUGAAGAAGCAGGAGACACCAUCAUGUCAUCUGAUGCCAACAUUUCAUCUAGCAAUGCAUCAUCCAGUUCUAAUGAACAGAAUGGCUUUGGAGUUGAAUUUACCACACCACCAAAGGCAAGGAAAGGAGAGAAUGGAGAUGGUAUUCCAGCUAGUAUAGAUAGUCCUUUUUUGGGAUUUCCUGACCCUGACCCCAAGGUCCAUCAUGUACCUGCUUACUCUGUUGCUCUUAAUGAGAGGAUCUUGGUGCAAAGCAAAGUGGGUCCUGUUGGAGAAAUGAUUGACAUUGUGGAUGGCUUCUCCUUCACCUCAUUUACCACAGAGCAAGAAAUGAUGUCCUAUGAUGGCACGUGCAGUGGCAAGAGUACCAAGGCACACCGUCAAUGGUUGAAGAAGCGAAGAAAGAGACGCAAGAGGCUACUGAGAUACAAGAGAAUGCGGCCAGGGACUCGCAAAGUGCCGAUAGAGCAGGUGGCAUCAAGUGUGGGCAGCAGUGUUGCUUCCCCAAAGGACAAGGCCAGUGCUGCUGAUUCUGGGGCCUUUGCCAGUGAUGACUUGGACAUGUUUUUGGACAAGAAUUCACAUCUGAAUAUCAGUUACCAAAUUCCGAAGUGCAAAGUCACAGAAGAGGGAGUGUCAAAGAUUGAUGAAGGGGAGUUGCUGGAUCCUAUACCACCAGCCCCACUUCCUCCACCUCAAGCCCAUCCUCCUACACCUGUUACACCAAGCUCUCCUCCGCCACCACCCUCACCUUCUCCACCACCCACAUCUCACCCAGAGAUGGGACUCACUGAGACCAAGUCUACUGUGGGUGUGAACCCCAACACAAGUGCCUUGGAGCAGAAUGUGGUAGAGGGUGCAAAGUGUGAAUCAGUUGACCAGUACGAGGAGGUUAAUGCUAUUGACAUACUUUACCCUAAGGAGAAAUACAAGUACUACUACAACAAGGAACUUUGUAAGGAAACAAAGGCAGAUGCUUCUGAUGUAUUUGUGCGCAGGGCAGGGAAGUUAGUGCCCCUCUCCACUGUCUUCAAGUCACAGAAAAGUCCUUUACCUGAAUUUACUCCCAAAAAGUCAGUGGACCUUGUUUAUGUAUAUGAUGGGGGAAAACUUCUAACACUGGGAGGCUCGCUGACAAAAAUUAAUCCCUCAAAUUCUGAUUCUGUGCGUGCUAGGGUAGUGCUUCCUAUAGGUGUACCUCCAAUCCAAAGGGGAGAGACUGUGGAAUCCAUGGCCAAGAAGGUUCAGGCAGUGGAGAUCAAUGAGGACAUGGCCAAAUUUGCUCUAUCAGCAUUACAAAGCUCCCACCUGAAGUCAGAAGAGAUGGUAGAGAAAAAAACUGAAAGUGAGAAAGAGUGUCAACUUGUUCCUGGAUCAAGCUUAGGUGUAGAGGAAAAGAUGGAAAUAGAUGAGCCAGAGACAGUCCCUGAGGAGAAGACAGAGCCCACCAUCCCCAAGGUUGUUCCAGCUCCAGCUCCUCCAAAGCCUACCAAGACAAACAUCCUUGAUAUCAUUGCUGCCAAGCUAGCCAUGUCAGAUGAGGAAAGUGAUGGCAAGGAUGAAGCUGAGGAGAAAGAGACAGCUUCUGACAUGAGAGGUGCUAAAAGUGGUGCAAAAGAGAAUGUGGUGAACUUAGAAACUCCUAAUGAAAGAAAAGAGGCUGUGAGUGAUACAAAGGAAACUUUUGGUGAUCUUAAAGGGUCAACCAUCAAACCUUCAACUAUGGAAGAAAAAGAGGGAGCUACUGUUACUGGAGAUAAUGAAAAUGUUAAGAUUUAUUUGACUAGCCAAGGAACCUCAGAGAAGAGUAAGGAUCCCCUUGUGAAGCAAGAGGAGCUUGAAGAAAGGAAGUCUGAUUGCAUACCAGAAGUAAAGACCCACUGCGUGGAGGAAGGGAAAGCUGUGGAGCCCAAGGUUGAGGUGAAGGAGGAGGGAGCGGCAUCAAUUAAGAUUUUGUUGGGUGAUGAUAUGGAUGAUAGAAUCAAGGAAAAAGAUAAGUUAAGUCUCACAACUGCAGCUGCUGAUCUGGUGAAUUUGGGUAAAAAAGAGGACAGUAAUGAAGUGAUUUUCGUAAAAGAAAAGGGUAAAAUAAAUGAACCUGAACAGUUCACAAACAGUAGUACUUUGAGAGAUGUCUUAGUUGUGAAGGAAAAGUUUAUGGUUAAGGAACUUUUACUGCCAAAAGAAGAAAAACAAGAAGAGGCUUUAAGGCUUAAAGGAAAAGACAGUGUAAGUAGUGUAUGCUUAGAAAAGGAAAGUACAGAUAUUGAAUCCUUAGUAUCACAUGAAGAAAAGGAAAAAGUGUCUUUAUGUUUAGAAGAGGAAGAAACUGUAAGUAAGGUUUCAAAAGUCAAAGGUGAUGGAAGUGAAUUGACUGCUGUGGAAAAGAAAAAAGAAAGAAAAAUCACAACCUUGGAAGAAAAUAAGGGAAAUUAUGAAGAGGAUGACCUUAAUGUUGCUGUACGUAUAGGAAACAACUCAAACAAAGCAAGAACACACUCAGAUAACAGUAACAAGAGUUCACUGGAAAAUCUUGAAAGAAAGAUGGAAGCACUAGAAAAGGCAAAGAUGAAACAAAGGGAAUACUCAGCUUUGAUUGAAGAUGCAAGUAUAGAAACAGUAUCUGAAGCAGUAUUAAAUUCAAAGAUUAGUACAAAUACACCAUCAGAGGCCUCCAAGUAUAUAACACAAGAGAGCAUUGGUUGCAAGAAUAACCUCACACCACCUGAGUCUGUUAUAAGUGUAUCAAGUGAUGAGUCAGGAACGCAGAGCCUCAGAAGCAAUGUGUUGUCAUCACACGAGUCUGGUGAUAGGAUGGACCUUGAGGAAAAGGAAGAGUUAUCUGAGUCAGGCACUCCAGGCACUUUUCGAAUGGACAUCAAAACCAAGGUCUUCAAGAAGAACAUGCACAGGUUCCCUUCACUGUCACGGGAAAUGAAGCGCCUCAACAUGAACUUUGUCAACUUUGUACCACCUCAGGAGUCAUUCCCAAAGGAAGAGGAAACAAUCAUCACAGAGAUGAAGGAGAACUGCACCAAUGAGCACUGUAAACUGGGCUGUGUGUGUGAUUCCCUCCUCUGUCAGCGUAAAAGUGUAGAGCACUGUGGCCGUGUGGAGUGCAUGUUUGACUGCACCUGCCGUGAUGAGAGCUGGAAACUUCCAUCUGGCUCUGGGAGAACCAUGAAUGCUGUAUCAAUCUUCAACCUGGAUAGGGAACAGAAAGAGGGAUUGGCACUCAGAGAAAAGGACUUUAGAAGAACUGUUAUUCAAACGGGAUCCGAGGUUAUAUUGGUUGGGGCUGAGAGGAAAAAAAGAGAAAUCAGGUUACCUGGAAGGUAUCGUGAGUCAAUUUGGACCGAGUCGGACCUGGCAGAAGACAUCAACAAGAAUAACUCACCAGAUCUCUUGUUGGAUCAAGGUAGUCCAUUACUUGAGCCUCCAGAUUGCUCCUUGCUGCCAGACUAUCCUGGUAUUCCACUAUCUGAGGCUUCAAAAUACAUUAAAAAGUUUAAGCUAAACAUUCCUUGGUAUGACAUCAAGGGCAUCAGUAUUUGGUGCAUGGAUCACUCCUGCUAUGACUGCAAAUGUCUUACUGAUCCUGCAUUUUAUGGCACAGUUAAACCAGAGUCUUUCAGGAAGAACUCAUUUUCAACCUCAGAUGAGACUUUGGCUUCCACAUCAAGUGCAUUGCUUGACUUUGAAGAAGCACUAAAACAGGAAACCAAUUCAGGGAAAGCAAGUGAAGAUAAAGAGCUGAAGAAAAUGGCUUCAGUAGUUCAUCCAAAUUGCAGUAUUGUGAACAUCAUUGUCAAUAAUUCAGAAACUAGACGCAAAUAUACUUGGAAAUUGAAAGAAUGGUAUCAUUGUACAGAUGUGUAUUCUGCAAGGACAGCUGGACACACUAAGAAGAAUAUAACAGAGGAAACAAAGAAUAUGACCCUCACUGGUCUUGCUGCUCGAGACACCACACCAGAACAGAUUGUCGAGUCAGUUGUAAGAAGUCUCAGACAACAAAAAUCGCCAGAAGAAGUAAAGCUUCCAACCUUACCAAUGAGUAAUGACUUUGAACCAUUUAUGGGUGACUCUUUAGUCAAUUUACAAAAUGCCAUUGGAUUUAACCCAUGUGCUAAUAAGAAAUCCAUAAAAACUGAUACUUCAUACCCUGUAGUGGACUUAACCAAUGGUAAUGAGGACACUAACAACUUACCUAAGUACUUUGCUGCAAAACCACAAAAGAACACAGGAAUGAAAACCAAGAAUACAAAAGGAGUUACAAAAAGGAAAUUGAGUGGACCUGUUGAGCCUGUACCAAAGAAAGCACAUUUUUCAAAGUCUGAAGAUAGAACUGGAGAAAUAGGCAGCAUCAGCUUCCCAAAAAGCUACCAGUCAAACUCAAAAGAGAAAUCAGUUUCUGAACAGAAGAAAAAGACUCUGUCUUUGCUGGAGAUGAUGGUUGCUGAGGAAAACAGAGGAGAGCUAGAGCUUGAUCUUUCGGACAAUAUCCCUGGAAAUGCGCUGCUUGUUGCUGAGGCACGCUUCAGAAAGCUCAUCAACAUGAACAUUAUUGGAGUCAUUGGAAUCAAUAAAGCUGGACGAUGCAUCAUUGGGACUGUUGACUCUCAUGAGGCACUUCAAGUAAUGCACCAGAUUCAAAACAUGAUCAGGAACAACACCCUUGAUGUUGGACCAAACAUGCGUGAGAUAUUUUUUCCUCCUCCUUAUGUUGGGAUAAGACCAAGGUAUGUUAUGAUCAGAUGUGACUCUCAUUGCAAAUGGGAGAUAGUUGGAGUGGUUCAGAAGAAGGGGCCAAGUAGAUCUAACAAAGCUUCUGAAGUCAAGACUAAAGUAAACUCACCUGUAAAACCACAAGUUCCUCAAGUCAUUGACUUGGAGGAGGAAGAGAGAGAGAAACAAAUGUUAGUGGAUACAUGUGAUGUGAAACAGGAACAAGAUGAUUUUGUUGAACCACCUUCACCAGAGGAGAGAGACAGUGGAACAUGGGAAGGGUCACUCCCUCUAAUUACAAGUGUUCAUGGUGCGUCAGACUCAAAUAUGGCAGAACUGAUAGGAUCCCCAGAAGCCAUCCAAGAGGAGUUUGAAGAACCUCAAAUAGCACAAGUAACACCAACCACUUCAUCUCAUGUUACUUCUCCAGCUACUUCAAAAGUUCUUCCAGAUUUAGUUCCUAUAACUUCAUCAACUAAAGGUGAAACACUGUUCUCUGUAGAGGAGCAAGGAGAAAGUUUGCCUGUGGCAGCUCAAGUUACUGGAAGUGAAAAUGCAUCUCAGCAAAAGUUAUACUUUGUGCCCACAGGCUUCAAUGUCUCCUCUUCAUCCACAACAGUUCCUAGUAUCCCUGUGGAUACACCCAUGAAAUCAAUAACACUGAAUGUAGCAAGUAACAAGGUGUUUGGAAAGAGUCCAGAAAAGUCUUUAUCGUCACCAAAGUCAUAUUCUUUAGGGAAAGUCAGCUAUAUUUUGCCAAACUUACCUGGCUCAGGAACCACUGAUUCAAACAUUCUUCUGUCCAAACAAACAGAUGCAAAUUAUUCAGAAUCUAAAGUUGAGGAACAAAGUGAUGCAGACAGUGGUCAGGUUUCUUCUUCCAAGAUGCUGUAUAUUCCUGUCACAAGUGGGAGUGUCUCCAAAGUACUGCUUGUUCCAACUGUCUCUGGUGCAUCAUCUCGCAUGAUGCUGUUACCCACCAUUCCAGGCAACAGCUCUUUGGAGAAUUCCAGCACAAGCAGUAGUACUACUACUACCAUAACCACCACAAUCAUCACCACCCCCAUCACAAGCAGCACCUCCAAUGCUACCAUUGCUACCAGUAAAAUGAAAAUGGUCCUGGUGCCUUCUUCUCAAGAUGGUAGCAAAAUGAUUCUGAUACCAACUGGCCUAGAAAGUGGUGAUGGUGCUACUGCCAAUCCAGUUAUUGGAAAUACCUUAGCUGAUGGUGAGAGGAAGAAAAUGUUGGUAUUACCAUCUUCUGUCAUCAAUAAUUUCAUGUCAAGAACAUCAGAGCCAACAUCAACCCAGCCAUAUCAACAGUCUUGCAAAGGCACUCUUCUUGUACCCUUACCUAAUACAGGAAACCUUCCAAACACAUUCCAGCUAAGUGAAACAGAAAAAUGCCUUAGCAUUCAGGAGAGGGAAAGCAACUCUCAAGAUAGCUCUGAUGAUGUUGUUGUCAUUGAUCCAACAACUGAGAACCCUACCAAUAACAGAAAGAAAAGUUCUGAAUCUUGUUCAGUGAGUGUAGAAACUCCAUCUUUACUCAUAUCCCCAGCUUCUUUUGCAUCCACCAGUGGAGUUGCUGAAACUAAUGUUGUUUCUUCAUUGACAACCAUCUCAAGCACAUUGCAGAAGAAUAGUUCUUUACCAGAGACUAAAAGUGAGUCCAACUUAGAAGUACUGUCAUCAGUUAAACAAUCCAGUACAGGUAGACUAAAUACAUUGUUUAUUAAAACUCAUGAGGAAAUGAUGGCAGACACAAAAUCUGGUGAAAGUCUUCAACCGGAACCAGCUAAAGAGUGUGAAAGUGGAAAAGAAGGCGAGAAAGAAUCACCAAAGUCUCAAAGGCAGGAUUUGAACAUUGGAAAAGCUAAGGAUAUGCAGGACCAAAAAAGGCAAGUGUUGAUCAAGAAGAGUGGUUUUCACUGGAGUGCUGUUGACCUUUCCCUCAAUUUUAAAAGUGUCAAAUUGGAAUGGCUAUUAGGCACCAUCAGAAAAAAUGUCUUGAUGAACAUUUAUCACAUGUCCAAGAAAACACUCUCGCCUGUUACUUUGAGUGUCAAGAAUGGCACAUCAAUAUCUAUGCUGUAUGGGUUUGCUAGGGCCCAUAAGUCCAGCACCUUGCCAAUCCUCAUCCUAGGUUCAGUUGUGUCUGCUGUUCUCAGCUCUUCCUCAGUUCCUGAUUCUAUGCUUUUCCAAAUAAAUUCAAUUAAGUAUUUCAUCAGGGAAAACACAGGUGAACUGUCUUCAUAUACCUAUUCCAGUGAAACUCAUCUUGUAAAAUUAGCCUCAAAGAAAAAAGGGAAUACAGGAGAAAUGGUUGGAAUUGGAGAGAAAGUUGAAAUUGAUAAAAUGAGAGACCCUGAAUAUCAGGAAACAGGAAAGACGUAUGAUACAUUAGGUUUUUCUUCAUGCACUGCUCAAAUGAAAAAGGGCUGCACUUGUUCAGAAGGUGUGAUCUGCCAGGAACAUUAUACUUCAGCAUCCACAUCAAAGCAUACAUUAGAGAGUACACCAUCUCAAUACCACAGUGAAGACAGCAGUUCUAGAAUGUCACUUGAAAAUGAACCUAGACAUACCUCCCUGGGCUGUCAAGGCAAUCCAGGAACUAAUGUACAACCUCAAGAAGAUUUAAUUCAACCAUCCAGUGCUACCGAGGAACCUCAGUCAGAGCUUCGUCACUUGUUGACCAAACCCAAGAAAAAAACCAUGGUUGACAGAAAUACUGAGGAGCUGAUUCUAGAUUCAAAAUGUGAUGAUCACUCCAAUGCAACAAAAUUAAUCUUAGAUGAGAAUGUCAAAUUGAAAGCUAGAGGAGAGAGCUCUUCUUCAGUUUCCAGUGUAGGUAUUGAUGUAUCAGGCAUGGAACACAUAGAAGAAAUAGUUUUGCCAAAGAUAGAGUAUGAGUCAGAAGAUGAAGUUGUUGAUGUUGAAAUGCUGGGAGACCAAGAUUGUGCCAACACAAUACUGAACAACCUUCGCCAGCAGCUGGAGCAUGAGACUGUAGAAGCAGUACAAAAGUUUGCAUAUGUUCCACCAAGUAAAGAUGGCAAGAAAAAGUUAAAGUGUUAUCAGGAAGUAUCACCAAUGAAGAAAUCCAGAAUAAAUCCAUUGAGUGUGGAACAGCCCUGGCCCACAGAUGUAUCUCCCUCUGCAUUCGAACAACCCUGCCCUCGAUCAAAGAAGAGUUUGGAGGCUGUGAAGAAGACAAGAAAAGGAAUGAAGCUGAGAUACUUAAGUUUAGAAGACAAACUGAAGGUGUUAGAGCGAGUGGAUAGUGGUGCCACAAUGCAGAUGGUGUGCAUUGAAUUUGGUGUGAAACCCAGCACGUUCUAUGAUAUCAAGAAAAAUCGUGACAAGAUUCGGCAGCAGCAUCUCUUGGACAAUGGUAACAGUAAGGUAAGGAAGAAUUUUAAAAUUCUGCAAAGUAGUAGAGAAAUUGCAAAAGUGCUAUAUGAUGAAGGCCAAAACGACGAACGAAACUCAGAACUUCACAACAAGUUAGAAAGGAUGAGGAGAAAAGUGAUGCGACAUCUCUUUUUGUACCUCCAGAAUGUUAUUGUUAGAGUACCAAGAAAUCCUUUAGUGAAAAACACACUUGUACAUCCUAAGAAAUCAGUUCUCAAUGCAGGCACAAUAGUUUGUGAAAUAUUAAGAAGUGAUGAACACCGUCUGAUAGUGGAGGAGGAAAGAGUUCGCAGUGAAAGGAGUUCCCUUAUAAAACACCUGGCAGGAAUUAUUGGAGACAGUACCGAAGAGAUAAAAGUAAAGUGGAGAAAUUGGGUGAAGGAAAACAUGCAGAAUCCAACAGCCAAACAUACAUUUGAAAGUACAUGGCAGCCAUUUCGUCUUAUGGAAGAUAUUUUGAAGAAUGUUGUUGAGGAAAGUAAUUUUGACAUUGAUUAUGAUGAGGGAAGCCCCCUGCCUGAUCCCUCAUCCCCACAAAGUGGAGGAGAGAAAAUAGUUCAACAGAAAGUGAAACGACAGCCUGUGAAAAGAGUCUGCAGGAAGAGAAAAAGGAAAGUUGGCCGUCCACAGAAAAUAGUAGUGAACACUGGUCAAUGCUCUGCUGAGCCUGAACCCAUUCCUCCUUUACCUACCAGCAUUCUCCUCAUGGCAGGAACCAGCUCUCGUGGAAGAAAAAUUGUCCGCAAAGAAGAUACAAAUUUUGUGACAUCAUGAGGAGGUUACUGGAUCUUGUAUGAUAGUUCCUUACAAAUGUUAAUAAAUGAGAAUUUCUAUUAUAAUAUAGCUCAGCAGACAAUUGUGGUGAAUUUGAUUCUUUUGUUUCACAACAAUUUUUUAGAAAUGUGUUCUGCAUUUACUAAACUAACUUAAUCUAGAAUUUAAUGUCUGGUUUUAAUCUUAGAUUAAUGUUAAUAUUAGUUUAGUAACAGACUGUUAGUUCUCAGAUGCAAUGCAAAGGGAAACUCACUAGACAAUGUAAAUGUGUAAGUGGCUAUUUUGCCCUCUCCAUAAACCAACUUAUUAAUUAAUUUUUUGCAUUAUUUUAUUUAUUUGCUUUUUAGUUUUUACCACAACUUAUAAACUUCAUUUACCACACACUUCUAUUUAUAGUGACUAUGGCAGUCUCAUUUUAUAGUGCAUUUCUCAGUUUCUUUUUUUAUGUAUUUAUUUAUUAUUAUUAUUAUUAUUAUUAUUAUUAUUAUUAUCAUCAUCAUCAUCAUCAUCAUCAUCAUCAUCAUCAUCAUCAGCUUACUAAAUAUUUUUAUUCAUUUUAUUUUUAUUUAUUAUUUUUUUAUUAUUCUUUUCUAGUAGCCAUAAGUCCAUCUGUAUUGUGUGUGAUGCAGGCCCAAAGUCGUAUGUAUAUAGUUAGGGUUGUUGCACUCUGGUGUAUGUGAUUAUCAAAUGACCAUUGCUAUCAGUGAUUCAGUACCAAAGAUUUUUUUAUACUAUGUGAAACUGCUUGUAUAUAAUUGACUUCAUAAUUUAACAAUUGAUAAGUAUAUAUGGACAGUUUGUAUUCUUAUUGUAUCUGUUACUGUGUAUAACAAAUGAUAGAGCUUUGGAGAAAUUAUCAGUAUAGUAAGUCUAUCAACAAUAUUAUUAUGAGGUUGCUAGUGCUCCAUGUUGAAAAGAAAAAAAAAAUUGCUCUUUUUGCUCUUGAGGUCCAUUCCCUUCAAAAUGCGAGUAUUUCUGUUUGUUUUAGUGGAUGGACCAUAAAUCAUUACUUGUUACAGAAAUAUAAAGAAGACAAAUGCACAUGGUGUACCUAUAAGAAAAUAGCAUUGACAUUUUAGUUUUAUUAAAGUUGACUGAGCAAUACUUGUAAUUUAAGGAUUCCACUUUUCUUUAACCAUCAGGUUGACUUAGUAUUGACAACUUGUACAUAAGUUCAUGUUGUAUCAAAAUGGUUGUUGGUCUGUUUGUCAAGUGUGCAGUGGAAAAGAAACCAACACUAUUUUUAUUUUGUAAUAUAAUUUCUAUAUUUCCA